AGAAACCAAAACAAAAAAAGAUGUCUGCGAGCGAACCUCCCUCUCCAAGCAGCAACGGUUUCGAUGAAUGGCAAAGUAUUGAUGAAAGAAAUGGCUCUGACAAAAGUUCCAACAGUGGCAGUCAGAAUUCAUCUAGUUGGUAUUUAGUUCAGGUGAGUUUUAGCUUGCUAGCUCGCGUUGUAUUUUGUAUUUUCGAUGUAUUAAUUACAAGUAUAAUUACAGUUAAAUUAAUACCAAAUACUUAGAAUAUUAUAGUUUGAAUGUUAGUUUACACGUAUGGCGUUGUGUACAGUAUAAUUUGUACUUUGAUAAGCAAGUUUUACACUAGCGAAGGUGGACAAUGCCAUAAAUAUUCAAAUUGAUAGAAUGAAACAAAUAGUUAAUUGACUAUAAAAUAUAUUCUAUAUUUAAAAUACAAACGUAAAAACGCACAUUUUCUAAGAAAACCUUCAAGUAGAGCUGUAGCAAUGCUGUUCCAACAACUUGUCAACAGGAUGUGUUCGCACUGCUUGUUCCCAGCUAGUUGACAAGAUGUCGACGGCUUGUUGACAACUUGCUACAAGGUUGUUGAGCUCAACAGAUUUGUUACAAGUUGUUGUUAUCGCCCUGCAAUUCAAGAAUUUGUCAACAAGUUGUGAGUGACAACCUUGUAGCAACUUGAUGAAAUAACAGCAUUGUUACAACUUGUUGACAAGCUUGCUACAAGCCUGUUGCGAACACAUCUUAUUGAAACGAUAUGAGAUUUUUAUGUGAUUGUUUUUAUGCCAAUCAAUGGGUUGAAUACAAGUCAAUUCUUCUUGUUCAGGACUCGUCGUCAGUGGUGGAUAUGGCCGAGACAGAUGAACUUCAGUCAGAGACCAUCAUUGACAUUGAAAGGUACAUAUAGACAAUCUCAAAGAUUUGAUGUCUCAGGGCCUGUAAUUUAUAUGACCCCAGAUGGUCACAAAACUCUUUACAUGGCAUUGCAAUCUAACGUGCCCCACUUUAUCACGGCCUAACUAUACAUGUGACAAUAGACUUUUCCCCUUUUGAGUGAAAUUCUGAUCUGGAGAAGUCUGGACAAAAAUUUCAUCACAGCUUGAAAGAGCAUCACAAAAUUAGUGAUAUUCCGAAGUUUCGUUGCAAAAUGUUGUAAAAUGUGGAUAAUAUAGCCCUGCGAAGUUUGCCGUUUUUCAGUCAUUUUGUAUUACGCACGGGAAAUUGAUACCUUUUUUCAGAAAGCGGUAUCAAUCUCCCGUGCGUAGUACAAAAUGACUGAAAAACGGCAAACUUUGCAGUGCUAUUAUCUGCAUUUUACAACAUUUCGUAAUGAAACUUUCAAGCCGUGAUGAAAUUUUUGUCCAGAUCAAAAUUUUGUUCAUUAGGUAAUAGGUCCAUUCACCUACUUUUUAUCAUGCUCUAACUAUAUACAUGUGACAAUUAACAUUUGUUUCUGUAUUAAUUAUGGUUUAAUGAGUUUUAACGAUGAUAUUUAGUUCGGAUGAUCAAGCUCGUCCACAUUCAGCGAUGUCAGAAAAUGAAUUCAUUAACAGAAUGCGGGAACACAUGGCUGAGGAAGUCGGAGGAUAUGUAUGUUCACAAUGUUAAUUUUAAUUUUUUUUUAAAAUUUAACAAUGUUUGAAAUAUUUACUAAAUAGUAUAUUUAUGUACAUAUUUAAUAAGGAGAAAAUGUUCUCGAGUGAGAUAUAUCAUGAUUUCCAGACAGCACAGUAGAAAACUUUCCCUACCACGGCUGUAUUUCGAACCCACGACCUUCGAAAUACUUGAUCCACGCUCUACCAACUGAGCUACACUGGAAAUUAUGAACUAUAUACUGAAUGUCAUAAACAUACUUGUUUAUAUUAAUUCGGUUAGUUAACUAGUAUUGUUCGAUGCUGAAUUAAUAAUAUAAACGAGUAUGUUUAUGACCUCUAUCUGUUUGUUUGUCUGUCUGUUUGCUCAGGGGUAGAUAGAUUUGGAAAGCCAGCAAUAGCAGCAUUUUAUUUCAUUGAUUAUAUCAACUUUUACUUGUGUAGGUUUGGAAUGCUAGUAAACAAACAGCAAAGAGAGCGUUUGAUCUGUAUGCAAAUAUUGACAUUCUACGACCUUACUUUCAUGUGGAACCUCACGAAGUGCGAGAAAGGUAAAUAUAUAUUCGACUUUCCACUUACAAGCGAUAAAAUCUUGAACGGUUUGUACCAGUGUAGGUAUAGAAUUAAAUACAAACUGCAGAGUUUUGUAGGAAAUAUAACUAGAAGGCCCUUUGUCACGCUACGCUGUUUUUCAGAUAUCUCCAAUAGCUGUUAUAUCAUUGAUUUUUUCUUUUAGGUUAAUCACCUCAAUGAUGCCACAAGUACCAAAACAGACUUCGCCUGUGGUAAGAUUUAAAUCUAAAUUCAAAAGUAGUCUUCCAUAGAACAGAUGGGCGGUUGCCUGAUUGGACGGCCGCCUCAGUCGUAACAACAUUCGUUUCUUGCAGACCGUGAAUGGUGAGCUGUAUGGUCCGUUGAUGUUGGUUCUAACUCUCAUUGCAAUCCUUCUAUUUUCAAUGAAAUCUUCUGGUCACACGGUGGUGAGUUGCAUUGUUUGAAAUGUUGCACAACUCAAUAAUAAAGGAACAAAUAAAUGAAGACGACCAUACGAUUUAAUUAACAUAUUUAUACAUUUCAUUCUAGCAAGAGGGAACGCUCAUUGGAACAGCUUUUGUCGUGUGCUUUGGUUAUUGGUUGGGAGCUUCGUGUAUUUUUAAACUUGUCGCUCAUGUUUGCAACACGCAUCUGACGACACUGCAAAUCUUCUCUCUCACGGUAAGAAGAAUGUUGGGAUAGUAGCGUUGCAGACUGCAGGGGAGAGUGGGCAGUAAGGCUUUGAGGGAACACCACCUCAUGGAAACCAUGCACCCCUCCUUACAGACGAGGCUAG